CCAGCGCUUACAUCCCACCGCAGCUGCCACCAUGCCCAAGAGAAAGGCUGAAGGGGAUGCUAAAGGAGAUAAAGCCACGGUGAAGGAUGAGCCACCCAGAAGAUCUGCCGGGUUAUCUGCUAAAUCUGCCCCUCCAGAGCCAGAGCCCAAGCCUGAACAGGCCCCUGCAAAGAAGGGAAAGAAGGUACGCAAAGGGAAAAAGGGGAAAGCUGCUGCUGGCAAGGAUGGGAAAAACCCUGCAGAAAAUGGAGUCGCCAAAGCAGACCGGGCACAGAAAGCUGAAGGUGCUGGAGAGGCCAAACGAAGUGUGCGCAUUUUUGAUGACUGUGCACAUCUGGUAACCGUACAGUUGGAAAUACUAUUUUUUAUCAGGUUUUAUAAAAAUACAGAAUUUUGUUUUACCUUUUUUUUUUUUUAAGCUUUAUAUUGUUGUUUUGGGGGAAGGGCAUAUGUCACAAAUAGAAUAUCUCCGAAGCUAGAAUGACACAAGGGGAAAAAUACCUUUCCUUUCUAGUUUUGAGAAACUUCCUCUUGGCUCCCAAGGGAUUUCUUGACAUUGACACACAUGAGCCGUCUUGGCACAAACCCCUGGGGGGUGUGGGAAAACUAAAACUCAUUUUUUUAUGUCCUUUUCCUCCUCUCUGCCUUCAACAUAGACUUGACUCCCUUAAAUCUAGAGACCUGUGGGAACCUGUCCCCUAAGACAUGGUUCCCAGUAUGUCAGGCAAUCUGGACUUUACAGUGUCACCACUGAGAUGGUGUCCCUCAAAAGAGUUCCCUUUUGGAGGACAUUGGGAGAUGGAGAGGAGAAGUGAGUUGGGGG